AACGUCAAUUUUAUUCACGCCAGCACAUGACUCUUGCUCCUUAUCUUCUCCGAAAAGUAGUGAUAGUUUCUCAAAUUCCCCUUUAAAUAUUCAAUUUGCUGUUCUUAACCCUUUCAGUGUUUCUAUCUGCAGCAAUUCAACUAUCUCAGACUUAGACCCUUCAAUUGUUUCAGAACUUGGUGGUAUUUCCUCUCAAACUUCAGAAUUUGUGGCUUUUGAACAAUUAUAUGGGGAACUGUUUGGAUAAGGAUGAAUCUACGGAUACACAUUCUGAUCAACACGUGGAGUUAGCUUCUGGAAAUGUGAAACUUAUUAGCAGCACCGAAGCUUGGGAGCAAAAGUUGGAAGAAGCAACGAGAGAUGGCAAAACUGUGAUCCUGAAUUUCAGUGCUACUUGGUGUGGUCCUUGUAAAAUGAUUGCGCCGUAUUACUGCGAGUUAUCUGAGAAAUUCACAUCGAUAGUGUUCUUAAUAGUCGAUGUGGAUGAACUAAGCGACUUUGCCGCUACAUGGGACAUCAAAGCCACGCCAACUUUCUUCUUUUUUCAAAAUGGACAACAAGUUGACAAACUUGUAGGAGCAAACAAGCCAGAGCUGCAGAAGAAGAUUGCUGCCAUUACCGACUCGGUUCCAAAGUGGCAGUAACUGUUGUUUUGUUCAUCGGUUCUUGUACGAAACAAGCCGUGUGCAUUCUCCUUUUUGCAAGUCACAACUUCGAGGUCAAGGCUGAGUGUGAUCUAGGUGUUUUUUCCAGUGACUGAAUGUUUCUACAUGUUCUGCAGUGACUUGAAUGUCUUCAAAUUUUUUCUCCUUGGGUGUAAAUAGAAGAUGUUUCAUUUGAAUUGUCUCUGAUUCAAAGUAAUGUGGCUGUAUUGUAACAAGCUUGUUUUGCUAAUUGGUAAUGCCAAAAUUUGUUGUGACUUUGUUGUCAAAUUUAAAUGAAAUGUGAUUCCCUUUCUAUUGGA